AUGGCGGGCGGCGCCGGCCAGGGCCAGUGGCUGUGCCUUCCCGACCUUCCCCUGCCGGCCGUCGACAUGGCCACGGGCUUCCUGUCGAUCGCGGACCUGGCGAGGUGCAGCUGCGUGAGCAAGUCCAUGAGGCGCCUGUGCCAGGACGCCUUGGAAGGCCGCCGCUAUGUUUCAACGAGGGACGUGACGAGCACAUCCACCACGAAAACCUUGUCGGCGCUCAGGCUGGUGGCCCAUUCGUGCAAGAGGCUGUGUGAGCUGGACGUUCGCCUGCCUCCCCGGGGUUGGGCCUCCAGCGUGGUCCUGGAGCCGCUGCUGCUCCUGUCCUGUUGGGCGGUCCACCUGCGGAGGCUAGUGCUGGUGAACGUGGACGUCACAAACGACUCCCUCUGCCUGCUGGCCACCUCGGCGCAGGGGCUCGAGCACUUGGAGUUGGGAAGCACAGAGCAGGACGUGCCCAACACGAGCGUUGGAGAUGAGGGUGUGACAAAAUUUGCCAGGAUGUGUACAAAUCUUGAAUCUGCCGCUUUCCUGCACUGCUAUCACGUCGGGGACAAGGCCGUGAGAGCCAUCGCUCGCUAUCAACAAAAACUGAAGUCGCUCAGGCUGUGUGCCUGCCCUGAGGUGUCGAAGAUGGGGAUCAUAGCAGCAGCCCAGGGGUGCACAAAUCUGGAGGUCCUAGACCUCGUGGCUGUUCGACACUUCCGCUUUCAUGCCCUUGUUGACGAACAGGUGGCCUCAGCUCUGGGAUCAUGUACAAAGAAAUUGAGAGAGAUCAGGCUGUGCGAAGAGGCACUGGGGGCUUCGCUGCUUGAUGAUUUCUGUUUGAAACCAUUGGUUGCUGGAUGCAAGUCACUGGAGGUGGUCGAAAUGCAUGGUGCAGAUGUUUCUGACAAUGCAUUGAUCAUGAUUGGAGAGAAUUGCCCCAAGUUAAGGGUCCUCGUCUUGAAGAACACCUGGGCGACGUAUAGAGGGAUAGAUGCCAUUGCUAGGGGUUGUCCACUUCUGGAAGGCCUCACCAUAAAUGGGUGCUGGAUACGCACCAACGGCGCCGCGCCGGACCCCAUGGUGGGCUCCUGGGCCGCCUCCCUGGUGGCCGCCAGCGGCGUCUUCCCGCCCGCGAUGGCCGCCAUCGCCUCGCAGUUCCCCCGCCUGACCUACCUGGCGCUGUCGGACCUGGAGACCAACCCCGUGGCGUCGCUGGGCGCCCUGGCCGCAUCGCCCUUCCUGCACCGCCUGCGCCUGCUGAGCCUGAGGUGGAGCAUGCUGUGCGAGCCCGUGACGCCCGGCUCGGCCUUCGACGGGACCAUGCGCGGCGUGCUGGAGGCCGCCGGCGGGCUGGAGGCCCUGGACCUGGCGGGGUACCCCGGGGACAUGGACGGGGCGCUGCUGUCAGCAUGCGCUGCCGCAAGGGGCCUUAAGACACUGGACAUACCCUACACUUCGGUCACCGAGGCCGGCCUGCAGUCUCUUGCGACGUCCGGGUUGAAGCUGGUGGGCCUCAACCUGUCGUGCUGCAACAGAAUCAGCGGAGGGGGGCUAUCAGCGAUACUGACGGCAAUGGGGAAUUCUCUCAAGGAUUUGAACCUCUACGGCCUGAGCGGCAUCACAGACUCCACAGUCUCUGAACUCCUGGGACUCUGCCCCAACCUGAUGUACCUCAACGUUGGAGGUGGCCCAGCGGGGAAUGGAAUCACAAGGGAAGGGCUGAAAGAGCUCCAGCGAGCAGGCAACAUGCGGGCGCUGGAGGUGGACGUGCUGCCCAGGAGGGGUUAUCGAAGGGCCCAGGAGCUGUUUCACAGUAGUCUGUUUUAA